GAAUUACACAAUGCGGCAUGCGGCAUGCGGCUCUGCAAGUGCAUAGCAACGAUGUAUUUCUAUUGUAAGGCCCCUAAACUUUACUUUAAUCACUUUGUUGGCAGAACACUCUGUUUCUCUUGCUGGUUUCGUAUUUCCAGUGCCGCUCUGCAAGUGCCGAGUCUGCGUCUCCUUGACUGCUUGAGAGGAGGCGACCGCCCACCGCCCUCCUCGAUCGAAAUGCAACUCAUCAACACUCAACACUCAUCAACAUCGGAAAACAGGAAACCGAAUUCAGAAGCAGAGAAGCUGACAACCAGAAAAUUUUGACAGGCCCUGACCAGGACACACCCUCCCAAACUAUGAAACUCCUCCUACCUCCAAUCCGCUUGCGAACGGCGAAGCCCAAAGUAGGUUGCACACAUCCUGAUUUCCUGCCCAACGAGGUUAUCAAGAUCAUCGAGACUGUCUCCCCCAUGGAACCCGCUCUUGAAAAGGUAUCUCAUUUCCUAUCAUCUCAUAUGGUGACCUCUGCUCUUCGGAAGCUACAAAAACCUGAGCUGAAUUUUCGAUUUUUCAUUUGGGCAACAAAUAGGAAACGUUUACGCAGCUUAGAUUCGCUUAAUUUAAUCACCGACAUGAUCGUAAAGGAUGAAAAUUUCGAUCUAUAUUGGAAGACGCUCGAGGAAGUAAAGAGUUCUGCAAUGCCAAUCUACCCGGAUGCUUUCAACGUUCUGAUCUCUGCCUAUUGGAAGCUAAAUAAGGCUGAGUUGGCCAUUGAGUGCUUCGAUAGAAUGAAAGAUUUUGAUUGCAAAGCUAAUUCUUUUACAUAUAAUUCCAUCCUUCACGGUAUGGUUCAGAAAGGUGUAAUUAUAUUAGCAUUAGCCGUGUAUAAUACGAUGAUGAAGUCAAAUUGUUCUCCAAACAGCUUUACAUUUAACAUUUUGAUCGAUGGAUUGUGUAAGAGUGGGAAUACACGGGAUGCACUUGCACUGUUUGAUGAAAUGUGUACGAGAGGGAUACUGCCAAGUAAAAUGACUUAUACAGUUAUUCUUUCUGGACUGUGUCAGGCAAAGCAAAUAGAAGAUGCAUGUAGGCUGUUUAACUUGAUGAAGACUAGAGGGUACACUCCAGAUUAUGUAUCGUACAAUGUCUUGCUCAAUGGGUUCUGUAAAUCGGGUAGGAUUGAUGAAGCACUUACAUUGUUUGAGUCCUUUAAAAGUGAAGGCUAUGGUGUAGGGCUGGAGGGAUACAGCUGUCUAAUUGAUGGGUUGAUUAGGGCUAAGAGGUUUGACGCAGCUAAUUGUUUAUAUAAAAAGCUCUUAGAGAUUAAUAUUACACCUGAUGUUGUUUUAUGCACUAUUGUCAUUAAGGGGUUAUCUCAAGAAGGUAGAGUGAAGGAUGCACUGGAUAUACUGAGAGAAAUGACAGGGAGAGGUGUUAUACCAGACACCCAGUGCUACAAUACGCUGAUUAAGGGGUUUUGUGAUAUGGGUCUCCUUGAUGAAGCAAGAUCUCUUCAGCUUGAACUUUCACAGAACGGUUGCUUUCCGGACACUUACACCACAACUUCCCUCAUUUGUGGUAUGUGCAAGAAUGGUAUGGUGAGGGAAGCAAUGGAUAUCUUCAGUGAAAUGGAGAAACUAGGUUGCUCUCCUUCUGUUGAGAAUUUCAAUGCCCUUAUAGACGGACUUUGUAAAUCUGGCGAGAUUGAUGAAGCCCGACUCAUGUUUUACAAAAUGGAGAUAGGGAAGAAACCGUCAUUAUUUCUUCGGCUUUCUCAAGGCGUUGACCCAGUUCAUGACACGGCAAGUCUCCAAACAAGAGUUAAUAAGUUAUGUGAGGCGGGGUCAUUUCUCAAGGCUUACAAGCUUCUUAUACAGCUUGCAGACAGUGGAGCCGCCCCGAACACCGUUACAUACAACAUUCUGAUAAACACAAUGUGCAAAAUGGGAAAAAUAGAUAGUGCAUUGAAACUCUACGAGGAACUUCAAAUCAAGGGGCAUUCCCCCGAUCCAGUCACUUACGGGACCCUCAUUGAUGGAUUACAAAGAGUUGGGAGGGAAGAAGAUGCUUUUAAGCUAUUUGACCAUAUCAGCAAGAACGUACAUUCACCAAGCGUGUACAAGUCCAUGAUGACAUGGUCUUGCCGUAGGCGGAAGAUCACUCUAGCUUCUAAUCUUUGGUUGAGGUAUUUGAGGAGUCAAGCCACGAGGGAUGAAGAGGAUAUCCAAUUGGUUGAGAAAUAUUUGGAGGAAGGGGAGCGGGUGAAAGCGGUCCAGAGGUUGCUGGAAAUUGAAACCAAGUUGGCGGAUUUUGAUUCGGCCCCAUAUAGUAUUUGGUUGAUUGGGCUUUGUCAGAUAGGUACUCCAGAAGAGGCAGUCAAGGUUUUCUAUAUCAUUCAGAAGUUUGGACUGAAUGUGUCUGCUCCGAGUUGUGUGAUGUUGAUUAGCAGUCUUGUUGAGAUUGGAAGUUUGGAUCAGGCUGUGGAGGUUUUCAAUUAUACUUUGGAGAAAGGUAUACGUUUGAUGCCACGUGUCUGUAAUAAGUUGCUCCAAUCCCUUCUUUGUUCUAAAGAAAGUUCUGAGCUUGCCUAUGUGGUGUUAAAUGGUAUGAAUUUGACGGGUUGUGACUUGAGUGUCUAUCUUCACGCCCACACAAGAUCUCUUUUACGGCAUUGGAACAUAAGGGAAUCAGAAAAUACAGCACCUGGAUAAGGUUGUUCAGGUCUAGUUUGUUAUUUUCACGGUGUUAAAGCUUGUGCUUCCUUCCCACAUUUUCCUCACUAACCCCAGUUUUCAUUGAGAAAGGUUUGCUUAUAUUGUGCAAUCUACUGAGAGUUACAUCGGAGAAACUGUGUUAAUAUGUAUGUUUGCGGAUAGUUGGCACCCUCAAUGGUUUUGACACGGGAUGUUCUUCACUAGCAAGCAAGCAAGCAAACAACACACGGAAAGGUGGUUACAUACACGCCCUAACCUAACCGAGCGGGCUGCCAUCGUUGCCGUCUUCUUGCGCCAACCGGCUACAUACUACGCUUACAUCCCGUUUCUCCUUUUUUUGCUCAGGGGUUCUUACUCCAGACCUCACGCCUUCAGCAACUAUAAAUUCGUUUUUAUGCAACUUGGGAAAAAUUUCCGCACUUCCUGUCAUCUCUCUGCUUCCCUUCCCCUGUCUAUGCUGGUUUUCAGUCCCUUUUAGCUCCCUCUCACUGUCAUUCAUCUGCUUAAGACUGAAUCAAGGUAGUCAAAGUCGAAAGGCGCAAAGCGCUAGGGGCCUUCCAGCGCCUGAGGCGCAAGCCGCUAUUAAAGCGCUUGCCUGACUCGGGUGAAGUGCAUUACUUAGAAAAUAUCACAUAUACUAUUCUAUAAUUACCAAAUAUGAUGUAUGUAACAUCACAUUGAACCAAAUGCAUAGAACAAAGCUGAGUAUUUUAUUUAGAUUAUAAUGAGACAAUUUUUCAAACGUACGAUACUAUUUAGUGAUCAACCUAGUGACAUAAAAUGAGAAAUUUAAGAUUAAAAACUGAAAUGUUUGUGUGACUUGUGAUGAAAAUUUUAAAAACUCGGAUUACAUCUUUGGAAAAGCACAAAGCAGAGUAUUAUAUACAGUAUACACAUUACAGUGUACUACUACUAUAUUACGAUUAGUAUUAUACACAUAGUAUGCUAGUAAUAUACUUAUAUACCAAUAACUCAAUAAGUGGUAUACUAGUAUUAUUAGUUUAUUACACAUUUAGACAAUAGUAUUUAGAUACUAGUGUAGUAUGAGUAUAAGACUAUAUGUCUAUAUGAGUCUAAAAUAUUGGAUGAAGAGGACUGCAUAAAAAAACACAUACCUUAUUUAGAGCUGUGAUUAAAUUGAGGUUGCUUGAGAAGAUGAAGAAACUGAGGAGAGUGAGUAGACUGAAUAGCGAUGUUUAGUGACUUGAGGCUUAGCGAGAAAACUUGGUUGUUUACGCUGGGUUUUACAUCUUUUCAUAUGUGACUUAAGAGGUUUUAUGCAGGUUUUACUUGUUUUACCGUAUUAUUUAGAUUUUAGAUGGACUGAGUGUUAUUACAUAUAUGGGCUAAUUAUUUUUAAAAGUUUUAAAGAAAACAAAAGGCUGUCAGCCUUAUUCGCACCAGGCGACCCAAGCACGCGACUGAUUUCGCUUCAGCGCUUCAUGCGCUUAAGCUGCGCCUAACCCAUCUGCGUGUGCAUGCCCUUCUCCCAAGCGCUGGAGUCCCUGCUUGCUGCGCCUGGUGCGCUUAAGCGACAAGAGGGCAGAGGCUUCAUGAAGUUACAGAUUGGCAUUAGAGUUACCUUAUGCACCCGUCGAGCUCAUAGGGAACACCGACACUAGCGUUUCUCAACCGACAUUUUCUUCAGUUCCCCAAAUGUCUUUGCCCUGUAGAGUACAACAAACAACAACAUCCAAGCCUUAGUCCCAAACGAUAUUGGGGUCUUUGCCCUGUAGACUAGCACAUGGCCUCUGUCGAUUGUGAUGAAAUCAGUUUAAAAUUAAGCCCCUCUGAAACACAAGCAUCCAAACAUAAAGUGAAGUGCAACCAUGGCGUUUCUUCAUCGCUGCAGAUGGUAUCCUCAGGGCGAAACAAGGGAAAGAGAUUUAUGGCUGCCCCAAAUUGAAGAGUGAUAAGUGAUAAGUGUAUUUUUUUUCUUAUGGGAGCAUGGUCCAACACACAAGUAUUUAAUUGUGACGGAAUGAAAAUCUUAAGAACGAGCUGCAGAAAAUUCAGGCUGCGAAAAAAUUGUUGUUGGAGAAAAUCAAAUGUCCGCUUUGAUUGAAGCUCUCUGUUAUGCCAUUUGAGGAACGAGGCGAAGGAAGAUAUAGAGAAACACAGAUAGAGAAGAAAACUGGUUGGGUAGGGAUCUUCUAAGACCAGAAAUAAAUUGAAUUCUUGUACCUGCGGAACUCGAUUGACCCUCUCAAUAUGCUUGGUUUAUAUGUGAAAAAAAAAAAGAAGAAAACUGGUUAAACGGUGUUACACUAAAAGAAAGCUCUGUCUAGUUCAUUAUAUUUAUGUGGACCUCAUGGGAAGCUUGAAUUACUCAUGCAAAAGUUUGAAGUAGGGAUUACUUUUUUUUAAUUGAUUAAAGCAAGGAUUAAUCUUAUCAAUUUCAC